GGGGGAUGAAAGGUGAGGGUGUGGUUAACUACAGGGGCGUUUCCAUUUAAUUUGAGGCAACUUCCAUUUGACACGACAGUCCCAGCAGGAGGAAGCAGAGAGUGGCUAUUUCUGUGUCUGGCAGCAGGAUUACACAAUAGUGAUGAAAACAUCCAGUAGCCAUUCCCAUGGUUCAGGAGGACUGAACAGGACCCAGAGACCCAUCACGGUGCAUCCACCUCACUCACUGAAAGAUGAGAGACACAAUGACCAGAAAAUCCUGAAACUCAACAACCAGAUCAUUCAUCUGCUGACUGGAGAGGGGGAAGACCUGACUAAUACGAUAAAUUAUCUAGAUGGAGAACAAGGGAUGCCUGUGAUGGAUAAUCAACAGUGUAAGGAGGAGGAAAUCCCUACAGAUAUCAGCACAAAUGGAUGCAAAAGCAGGAAUUACUUGGAGGGCGAUCUCAUCUUGUCUGCUGGUAUUAAAAACAUCACACAACAUUAUCCAAGAGACAAUCCUGUUACACUAAAUAUAUAUCCUGUAUCUCACAGUACAGAUCCAUCUGAUCCCUCUAAUCCUGAGGUCUGUUCUAAUUCCUCAGCUUUUGUUACAAAUAGUGCAGCUCAUAUCGGUGAUAAAAUAUUUCCCUGUUUUGAGUGUGGGAAAUGUUUUAUAUGUAAAUCGCUUUUUGUUGCACAACAGAGAAGUCACACUGGUGAGAAGCCAUUUCCAUGCUCUGAGUGUGGGAAAUGUUUUGCAAAUAAACCGGCUUUUGUUACACAUCAGAGAUGUCACACAGAUGAGAAACCAUAUUCUUGCUGUGAGAAUGGGAAAUGUUUUGCACACAAAUCAGCUAUUGUUACACAUCGGAGAACUCUCACAGGUGAGAAAUCACUUCUAUUCUCUGAGUGUGAGAAUUGUUUUAUACAGAAAUCAGAUUGUUAUAAACACCAGAGAAGUUACAAAGGUGAGAAAUCGUGUCCAUGCUGUCAGUGUGGGAAAAGUUUUGCACAAAAAUCAGAUCUUGUUAAACAUCAGAGAGGUCACAAGGGUGAGAAACCAUUUCCAUGCUCUGAUGGUGAGAAACGUUUUGCACAAAAAUCAAAUCUUGAUAAACAUCAGAGAACUCGCACAUUUUCAUGCUCUGAUGGUGGGAAAUGUUUUACUCAGAAAUCUGCUAUUGUUACACAUCAGAGAACUCGCACAGGUGAGAAACCAUUUCCAUGCUCUGAUUGUGGGAAAUGUUUUACACAGAAAUCAUGUCUUGAUAAACAUCAGAGAACUCACACAGGUGAGAGGCCAUUUCCAUGCUCUGAGUGUGGGAAAUGUUUUGCAAAUAAAUCGGCUUUUGUUGCAAAUCAGAGACGUCACACAGAUGAGAAACCAUAUUCUUGCUGUGAGUGUGAGAAAUGUUUUACACAAAAAUCAGAUUUUUGUAAACACCAAAUUACUCACAAAGGUGAAAAAUCAUUUCCAUGCUGUCAGUGUGGGAAAAGCGUUGCACAAAAGUCAAAUCUGGUUAAACAUCAGAGAAGUCACACAGGUGAGAGGCCAUUUCCAUGUUCUGAUGGUGGGAAAUGUUUUACACAGAAAUCAGCUAUUGUUACACCUCAGAAAACUCGCACAGGUGAGAAAUCCUUUCCAUGCUCUGAUUGUGGGAAAUGUUUUACACAGAAAUCAAAUCUUAUUACACAUCAGAGGACUCACACAGGUGCAAAAUCCUUUCCAUGCUCUGAUUGUGAGAAAUGUUUUACACAGAAAUCAAGUCUUGAUAAACAUCAGAGAUCUCACACAGGUGAGAGAUCAUUUCCAUGCUCUGAGUGUGGGAAAUGUUUUGCAAAUAAAUCUGCUCUUAUUACACAUCAGAGAUGUCAUACAGAUGAGAAACAUUAUUCUUGCUCUGAGUGUGGGAAAUGUUUUGCACACAAAUCAGCUAUUGUUACACAUCAGAGAGCUCACACAGGGGAGAAAUCAUUUUCAUGCUCUGAGUGUGGACAAUGUUUUACAUGUAAAUCACUUCUUGUUACACAUCAGAGAAGUCACACUGGUGAGAGACCAUUUCCAUGCUCUGAUAGUGGGAAAUGUUUUACACAGAAAUCAGCACUUUUUAGACAUCAGAAAACUCACACAGGUGAGAAAUCGUUUCCAUGCUCUGAGUGUGAGAAAUGUUUUACACAAAAAUCUGAUCUUGUUAAACAUCAGAGAAGUCAUACAGGUGAGAAACCAUUUCCAUGCUAUCAGUGUGGGAAAGGUUUUACACAGACAUUGGCUCUUUUUAGACAUCAGAAAACUCACACAGGUGAGAAAUCGUUUCCAUGCUCUGAGUGUGAGAAAUGUUUUACACAAAAAUCUGAUCUUGUUAAACAUCAGAGAAGUCAUACAGGUGAGAAACCAUUUCCAUGCUAUCAGUGUGGGAAAGGUUUUACACAGACAUUGGCUCUUUUUAGACAUCAGAAAACUCACACAGGUGAGAAAUCGUUUCCAUGCUCUGAGUGUGGGAAAUGUUUUGCACAAAAAUCAAAUCUUGUUAAACAUCAGAGAAGUCACACAGGUGAGAAAUCAGUUUCUUACUGUGAGUGUGGGAAAUGUUUUACACAGAAAUCACAUCUUGUUGCAGAUUAGAGAAGUCACUCCGGUGAGAAACCAUUUCCAUGUUCUCAGUUUGGGAGAAGUUUUCCACAUAAAUUGAAUCUUGUUAGACAUAAGAAAUCACACAGGAUAUAAGCAUGACUAUGAGCUGAUGCAAAAUAGGUUUGCAGCAACAUUCCAGUCAGACAGUAUUUUAACACUUUAAGUUAACAAUCGGCAAAUAAUUGGAAUAUGUAUCAUUAAUAUAAGACUGUAAUAGAUCAUUUAGGUGAAAUUUAUUUAUUUUUUCUUUAUAGUAUUGGAUAUCAGCACCACUCCCCACAGUAAUUGCAGACCACAAUGUUGUUAUAUAGGGUCUAGUAAGUACAACAUAUUUUUGUGCUUGUCCACAAAGUUAUCCGUUAAAAUCAAUAUCAAUUAAUUGAGAGAGAAUUAAGAAAAAAAAACUAAUAUUUUAUAGCAUAUAAUAUGAUUAGCAUAUCCCAAAAAGUAGGAGGUGCUGUCGUUGACAAUUACAAACUGUUAACAAAGCGAGAAGAAAAGGGUCGUCAAAAACUGAUGCACUUUAGUAAAAAUUUAUUUUUAUUAUAUUAAUUUAAAAGUUAAAGUAGCUCCUUGUAUUAAAAAUGCAUAGAAUAAGUUUUGAAAAGCUUGUAAAUAGUGUAUGAAAGAAAACUAUGGCACAGUGAUGGCACAAAUUACCUUUAUUAGUAUACUUUUAUGACUGUUUACUUAAUGUGAAAUUAAUUAUUGUUUAUAAUAUGUACUUACAUUCUUUAAAAUAUAACUUUGGGUACAUUAGAGACUACAUAAAUUGUAACACCCCAGGUAUAAUUUACAAUUUGGAAUGCCUGUGUGGUAAAUUUACUAAGGUGGGAGAUUUUUAGAACUGGUGAUGUUGCCCAUAGCAACCAAUCAGAUUAUAUCUAUUAUCUGCUAGAAGCAGCUAGAUAAAUGGUAAGUAGAAUCUGAUUGGUUGCCAUGGGCGACAUCACCAGUUCUAAAAAAUCUCCCACCUUAGUAAAUUUACCCCUGUGUUGGAAAGACUAGACCUUUAAAAAAAAAAAAUCCUGGAGUUUGUGGGAAAUGCUAGGACAGAUCAACAGAGAAUGAGACCUCUAACUGUUUGCAAAGCACAUUUUUGAAAUAUUAUCAUGAUGAUCCUAAGAGACUUGGGGGUCUAUUUACUAAGCUUUGGAUGGAGAUAAAGUCGCUGGAGAUAAAUGACCAGCCAAUCGGCUCCUAACUGUCAUUUUUCAAACACAGCCUGUGGCAUAGCAGUUAGAAGCUGAUUGGCUGGUACUUUAUCUCCAGCCAAGGCUUAGUAAAUAGACCCCAUAGUGUUUGGCAUGGAAAGAGUUGCCCUAAACAUCAGAGGGGGAGAAUGUUUUUAUUAAGAGAUUCCAGUAAUCUUUCAGAAUUGGAGACCACGAUUUCCCUUAUAUGGCUACUUAAUUAUAUUUUAAGAGUUUUUGUGAUUCUUAUUUUCUUUUGGGUUUUUACGGUGUCAUUUUUUGAGGUUUACACUAUAUUGGUGUUUAAAUUAUGUCACAUUGAGUUUUUCUCACAUGCACAUUUUUUAUGAAUGAUCACAUUUAAAUACAUCACUAGCUAUCUUUGUAUUCAAUAUUUUACACACUGUUUUUUUAAUCUCUAUAUAUUUUUUCAAUAAUUUUUUCACUUUAUAAUGUCACAUUUAAAAAAAAUUAUCCUAAUACGGGUCACGUUUUGAUUUUGGCUUUAUUUUCUUUUUGUUUUUACACAUUCUUAUUUACACGUUUUGUAAUACGUAACACUUGACUAUUGGUCAAUCCUAAUUAUUUUUACUUUUGUUGGCCAUAUUCACAUAUUGAUUAUAUAAUUUUCUAUUUUAUGAUCACUUUUUUUAUAUUAAAGAUGUUUAUUCUAUUUUUAAUUUCUUAUUAUUUAGAUAUUUCUGCUUUAGAUGCCUUUAAAGGAUAUUAAGAUGGCAAGGGAAUUACUUAUAUGGAUUAGUCUCUGGAUCUUCUAUAUAUCUUUUGAUUGGGUCUGACGAUAUAUACAAUAUAGGAUGUUAGAUUUACCUUACAGGAUUCAGAGCAAGGAUAUAAUGUCGGGGAUGCAUUGAGCUAGCCUGCUAAAAUGUGAAUUGUACUUAAUUUUGAUUGGACAGAAGUGAUCUGAAACGUGGUACUUGGUGAUACGGUAGUUUACAAACACUUAGUUACACAAAAACAGAUCUCACAAGACGUCCUUGAGAAAGCUUACUGUGAAACGUGCGCCAGUCUAUAGUGACUGCAGGGUUGCUUUACUUGUGACCGGAACCAAUGUUUAUAUGAUGAUUGAUGAGACACAGGUUUCAGCUAGUGACAGAUUAGACUGUGGGCGUAGCCUGCUAGGGAGAGCAAUUUAGUGAUUAUCAGUGUGCAAUCCAGCUAAUUGAGACUUAAUGGUGUUGGCAAUUUGGAGCACUGUGAUUGCUGGAAUACUUUAUGCUUGCCAAUACAAUUUAUAUAGAGUCUGUCAAUGUUUCCUCACAAAUUGUGGAAUAUGCUGCCAUUUUAUUCAUAAAUGUAUGUGUAUAUUGUUAAAAGAACAUAUCAAAUAUGAUGUGACAGGAUGAAUUAUGUACUCAGUCAAUAAACACAAAAUUGAACAUAUA